AAAUAGCGAAAUAGCAUUUGCUGUAUGUCUCUAUGCGUGGGUGAUACGUGUCAUAUUCUGUCAUAUUAUCACACCAGGACGUUUUACAUUCGCUUUCCUUUACGCAUGCGCCUCCAUUUUCAUUCAGAGUUAUACCGUUGGUGUGUUUACAGAGAAUGGCAGCCGCAGCACAAACAGCAUGAAGAGGUAGCGCAGAGUUUACUACUGACUGUCACUGUAUGAGAUGACCAGUUUCGUCAUUCUUCGGAUUUUCUAAGGAGGCCGUUCGCCGUCAGCUCGGCUAAAGCUAGCUAAGCUGUGUCUGUUAUUGUGCCUUAUUACCCUCGGGCUUUACACACACAAGUGCCUGGAGAAAUGCAGAGAAUAAGGGCUUUGAAAACCGGCUGGCAGCUGCUGAAAUCAAGCUGUGAGGGAGCAGCAAAACAAGUCAACACCUCGGCCUCAAGAGACUAUUGCAAUCUCCCUCAUCAGGGCUCCAACUCCUUUGGGCUCCUCUUUGACAUUGACGGAGUGCUGUUGCGGGGUGGGGCACCAAUCCCUGCAGCCAAGCAGUGCUUCAGAAACCUGGUGGACCGAAAUGGGAAAUACAGGGUGCCUGUGGUGUUUGUCACCAACGCCGGCAACUGCAUGAGGCAGACCAAAGCCGAACAUCUGUCACAUCUGCUUGAGGUGGAGGUGUCUUCAGACCAGGUGGUGCUAUCCCACAGUCCUUUGCGAAUGUUCACCCAGUUCCACAAAAUGUGUGUCCUUGUGUCAGGCCAGGGUCCUGUGGUGGAGGUCGCUCAUAACCUGGGAUUCCAGGAUGUAGUUACUAUAGAUAUGCUCAGGGAGGCAUAUCCUCUUCUAGAUGUUGUGGAUCACAACAGAAGGCCCAAAGGCAGUAUCCCACCCACCAAAGGCUUACGGCCCAUAGAUGCUGUCAUCUUAUUUGGUGAGCCAAUCAGAUGGGAGACUAACCUGCAGGUUAUCAUUGAUGUGCUCCUUACCAAUGGGAGUCCAGACAAUGACUGGAGUUCUGUGCAGUACCCUCAUAUCCCAGUCCUGGCAUGUAACAUGGACCUGCUGUGGAUGGCAGAGGCGAAGAAUCCCAGGUUUGGUCAUGGCAUGUUCCUGGUGUGCUUAGAGAACCUGUACAAGAAGGUCACAGGCCAUGAGCUGAAGUACGAGGCUCUGAUUGGUAAACCCAGUGGGAUGACUUAUAACUAUGCUGAGCUGCUGAUCAGGCAGCAGGCACAGAGACUUGGCUGGACCACACCUGUGAAGAGGCUAUAUGCUGUAGGUGAUAACCCUAUGGCUGACAUAUACGGUGCCAACCUCUACAACCGCUACCUCCAGGCUUCUCAGCAUACCAGGGCCCAGAUGCAGGCUAAAAGUGCUGGAGGAAGUGUAGAUCCCUUAGUGGAUGAGGCCCCUAAAAUGACAGCAGCAGAGCUAGGCGGAGCGUCGAGUGUUUAUGGGACACAGGAGGACCUCCCCGAGGGGUGCAGCUCCAUCCUGGUGUGCACAGGAGUGUAUAGCAGAGACCAGCAGGAGCUGCCCUCAGACCCAACACACGCAAUUGUGGAGCAACGCAUCUUCCAUGGCCACAGGGACUUUCACUUUAACCCCAGCCUCACGCAGCCGUCCUUCAUGGUGCAGGAUGUAAAGGAGGCAGUGGAGCUGAUAUUCCAGCAGGAGGGCUGGCCUCUGGGGUAGGACGAGUGGCUCAAGCCUCUGAGAUUCUGGCUCCAUCUUGCAGCCAUCCAGUCAACAGCUCCACCGCCUCUUCAUUCAUACUGUUUUUUUUUUCUUCUACAACCGUGAUUAUCACUGGGGAGCUGCAGCUAUUACUGUGACUUGUUUGUUUUGAUUUUAAUAAAGUGCAGUAGACUCAGUUGCAAUAAGUGACAAUAUGCAGUUUAAAUAUAGAAAAGUUUGACACUUUAAGUUGGUCAUGCAUGAUAGUGGGUUACAGCAUGCUGCAGUAGUUUUUUAAUUUUGUCAUGAACCAUGCAGACAAUGUUUCCUAUGGGCCUACAUGUAGUAUAUAUUCAUCAAGUCUGUCUUCCUCUUAUUGCCUUUGUACAUUAAAUCAAUCUUAAAAUUGU